CUAGCCCAACCAGAAAGCAGAGCCCCACCUGAAUCUAUGAAACAAGUACUUUGAAUUGGUUCGGCUUAGCCCUAGCGUUUUUUUAUCUUUGGGGUUUUAUUUUUUUUCUUUUCUACUCGGAUUUUUUAAGGCAUGAAUUAUUUUGAUCUGUUGCGCUAAGCACUGAAAAUUCCUGGAGGUAGUAAUGGAGCUCCAGCUUGCUAACGAAAAUCAAUUAGAGCUGGUGGUUUCCAACUCACCGACGUCGCUUCAGGACUUGUUGGAUUCGCAGACGGACCUGUUCCGCGGCCAGAUCGAUGAACUGGAGAACAUCGUCCUGACCCAAUGCCAGCUCACUGGCGUCAACCCCCUUUCUCAGGAAAUGGCAGCAGGAGCUUUAUCAAUUAAAAUCGGAAAACGGCCAAGAGAUCUGCUCAAUCCUAAGGCCAUUAAGUAUAUGCAGUCCAUCUUCUCUGUGAAAGAUGCAAUUACCAAGAAGGAAACUCGAGAGAUUAGUGCCCUCUUUGGCGUUACAGCCACACAGGUUCGGGAGUUUUUUACUGUUCAACGAGCAAGAGUUAGGAAAUUUGUUAGGUUAUCCAUAGAGAAGUCAAACAGAUCUAGUUCUUGUAAAGAAGUGCUUGAUGGGAUUCCACAGGGCUGUGAUCCUAAUGAACCUCUUACUCCAGUUCCUUUGGAUAGUGUGGGCCCAACCAGCACAGAGGAAGGACCUACUUCCUUGACCCAAAAUGAGGUCCUUCCAUCAGCAGAUCAGUCAGAUAAAUAUUUUCUUGACAACAUAUUUAGCUUGAUGAGGAAAGAAGAAUCCUUCUCUGGGCAGGUCAAGUUGAUGGAGUGGAUUUUGCAAAUACAGAACUCGUCAGUACUCUAUUGGUUUUUAAACAAUGGUGGUGUAAUGAUUUUAGCAACCUGGUUGACUCAAGCUGCACUGGAAGAACAAACAAGCGUUCUUCGCGUCAUACUUAAGGUCUUGUGUCAUCUGCCGCUGCAGAAAGCUCUCCCUGUGCAUAUGUCAGCCAUACUACAGAGUGUAAAUAGUCUGCGGUUCUAUAGGAUAUCAGACGUUUCAAACAGGGCAAGGGUUCUGUUAUCCAGAUGGAGCAAAGCAUUUGCCAGGAGCCAGACCCUUAGAAAAAGUAAUGGAACAAAAUCUGCUAUUGAUGCUCAGGAUGAGAUGUUAUUGAAGCAAAGCAUCCAUGAAGUUAUGGGCAAUGAAUCGUGGGAUUCCAAAAUUGAUGUCCUUGAAGAUAAUUCUACUCUCAUGGAUGAGAGUCUUGGAAAUUUCAGGAAGUUGGAGUCUCAACCAGCGAAGUUGCUUACAGCUUCUGCAGAUGACCAAAAUAGGAAGCUUAUUCGUGGUGCUCUAACAUCUCAAAAUAGAGAGCGCAGAAAAGUACUAUUGGUGGAGCAACCUGGGCAGAAAUCUGCUGGUAGGACCACUCAGACUGUGAGAUCUACAACUGCACCUCAAGGCCGUCCACUUUCUGCAGAUGACAUACAGAAAGCAAAGAUGCGUGCUCAAUUCAUGCAGAGUAAAUAUGGGAAAACUAAUUCCAUUUCUGAUGCUAGCCCACAGAUGCAGCCGGAAGGUGCAAACAAGAGUGCAUUGUCUAACACCAGCAUCUUGGUACCACCAUCCAAAGCGCACACAGGUACUAAAAUCGAGGAAACAAAUAAAUCUGGUUGUAUUCCAGUAGGAGUAGCCAAUCCAGAGGACGCUUCUGUUGAUAAACAGAAUAACUGUCAUUCAGAAGAACCUCCAUGGAAAAAGUGCAAGAGAUUUCAGAUCCCUUGGCAGAUACCACCAGAAAUAGGUAUCAGUGUUUCCUGGAGAGUUGGUGCUGGGGAGAAUAGUAAGGAAGUAGAAGUUCAGAAAAAAAGAAUACAUCGUGAACGCGAAACUGUUUACAAGACAUUCCAGGAGAUUCCAUCAGAUCCCAAGGAACCUUGGGACCAAGAAAUAGACUAUGAUGACUCGUUAACUGCAGAAAUUCCAAUUGAGCAAUUGCCAGAUGGUGAAUUCGCGGAAGCUUCAGUUUCCCCUCGUGAAAAUGAACGAACUGCUGGUACUUCUGGCAACUCGUCCUCCCUGAUUGCUGGUGGGAGUAUGCCUGAACCAGACCUGGAAUUGCUUGCUGCAUUGCUUAAAAAUCCAGAAUUAGUUUUUGCCUUGACUUCUGGUCAAGCUGGUAACUUGUCAAAUGAGGAAACUAUAAAGCUGCUUGAUAUGAUAAAGGCCAAUGAGAUGAACUCAUUGGCUAAUAUAACUGCUUCAUCAGGAAAAAGCAAACCUGAGGAGAAGGUUGAAGUUUCUCUACCAUCCCCUACUCCUUCCAGUGAUCCUGUAACGAGUGCACGGAAGCCAGACUAUGCCAAAAAUCCCUUCUCCCAGCAAAAAACAACACUGAACAAUGAAAUACUUGGCAUCCCAGGGACCGCAGCCAUCCGUUCACAAGAAAGCGUACCAGCUAGUAACGUGGUGCAAUCACAUAACCUGCCAACCGGAGCCAUGGUUGCUGAACCGUCGACAACGUUCCCACAAUUGGCACAACAUGCAAUUCCGCAUGCUCUUCUUUCAGAGGAGAAGCUUCGAGCCAGCGGCCUGGUACAGCCUCAGGUCUUACCUGCUACAGUUUUGGCACCCCAACAGGCAGCAACUGUCCAACAAUUAGCCCAACAAAUGGCACCUCAAGUGCUUGGGUCGCAUGAACAGCGGUUGCUUCCUCUGACUUCCUCUUUGCACCAUAAUAUCCCCGCAUACGCCUCAAAUGCGCAACUGAAGUCCUCCUCCGAACUGUUGCUAAACAUGAACAAUACCUCUCUCUCUAGAUCACCUCCACUAACAAAUUCUAUGAAUGGAGUAGCACCUGCCAUGGUGGUUAAUCCUUCGUCAAUGUCCCUGGUAGGUAGCCCGCUGCGCCCGCAAACCCAAAUGCAGCCUUCUUAUGCACCAGAGGCUCCGCUGGCUCAUUCCUGGAGGCCGAGGCCGGGUUUGGAUCCUAUUUCUCGUCAGAAUAAUGUAACCCCAGACGAAUAUGAAGCAUUUGUCGGAGCAUCAGCUAGGGCUCCAGUUGCCCGGAGUUCUUGGGAGAAAAAUGACUUGAUGGUUGGGCCGGACUUUGAAUCAUGGAGCCCGGAGAAUAGUCCUACUAGAUCCCAUGGCUACGUGCCUGGAUGGAACGUCCAGGAACCUAUGGUGAACCCUGGGCAAAGCUAUAGACCAGAAAGGCCAAUAUAUAGGCAUGCCGGGUAUCCUCCUAGUUCUGGAUACCACGAUCCGGGUAUAAGUGGGACCAAGAGAUGGCGCGACAGAAGAAGAUAGCCCAGGGCUUUUGUUCGGGCUUCGGAGGAGUGGGCUAAGUUUUCUGCUGAUUGAUUAUGUUAUUCAGGGACUGUACAUUGAAGCGAUGGAGAUGGAGAUGGUGCUGGGUGUAGGAUGUCUGAACGUUGAAGCACCCUUUUUUGGGACCCGUUUGGUUUCACAGGUGUAGUAAAGAUAUAUUGAUUACGUAAAUGAUUCAACCGAUAUCUUCUUCCUUGUUUCUA